AUGGAGGCUGAUCGGAAGAAUAGCCAGGAAAAGAAGGCGUUUGACUCCGCGGAGUCAAAUACCACUACUUUUCAGACUACAGAGGCAAAGUUAUACCCUUCUGAAAGCCGUACCUCAUCUUAUGAAAAACCUCCCGAGACAGAGGGCUUUUUUAAAAAGUUAGUGAAUGACUUUCGACCAGCUCCGCCUACGGAUCGCCCAGAUGGUGUGGGCUUGAAACGAAAAUUGAACAAUCGUCACAUGCAGAUGAUUUCCAUCGGAGGUGCCAUUGGUAGUGGUUUGUAUGUUGGUUCAGGAAGCUCGUUGGCAGAUGGUGGUGCUGCUAGUCUUGUUAUCAACUAUUCAUUGAUUGGUAUUAUGAUGUUUUUCACCAUUUAUGCUUUGGGUGAAAUGUCUGUAGCAUAUCCUAUUGCCGGUGGUUUCAAUACCUAUGCAUUUCGAUUUAUCGAUCCCGCUUGGGGAUUUUCCCUUAGUUGGAAUUAUUUUAUAAAUUACUUUGUGACUUUUCCCUUGGAACUUACAACGUGUGCUAUUACGUUUCGAUUCUGGUCAGACAUAAAUAGUGCUGCCUGGAUCUCUAUUUUUUUGGUAGCUGUUAUUAUCAUCAAUUUACUGGGUGUUCGUGCAUACGGCGAAGUGGAGUUUAUUUUGAGUUUUAUUAAAGUCAUAGCUACAAUUGGCUUUAUUAUCUUGGCUAUUAUCAUUGAUUGCGGUGGUGUGCCCACUGAUCAUCGUGGGUACAUCGGCGGAAGUAUCAUUAGGCGGAAUGCAUUUCGUCAUGGAUUUAAAGGAUUUUGCUCUGUUUUUGUCACAGCCGCUUUCUCCUUUUCGGGUACGGAGGUUAUUGGUUUGGCUGCAGCUGAAACUGACGAUCCCAAGAGAACUUUACCCAAAAGUGUUCGCCAAAUUUUUUGGAGAAUUGCCUUGUUUUACAGCGUUUCUCUUUUGAUGAUUGGCCUUUUAAUUAGUCCUGAAGAUUCUCGACUGAUGGGAAAUCAAUCUGGUACCAGCACUUCUCCUUUUGUUUUAGCUAUUCAGGAAGCAAAUAUCAAAGGUCUUCCUUCCGUUUUCAAUGCUGUCAUUAUUGUUUCGGUUAUAUCUGUAACAAACACUAGUACGUAUACGGCCGGACGUACCCUGCAUGGUAUGGCCACUCUCAAACAUGCCCCAAGAGUUUUUCUUUAUACCGAUCGUCUUGGCCGCCCUUUGUUUGCUAUGCUGGUAGUCUUAGCCUUUGGGUUUUUUGCCUAUAUUAACGAGGCAAACACGAAGGGAAAUGAUAUUAGCGAUACAGUAUUUAAUUGGCUACUUGCUCUUACUGGUUUAUCCAACUUUUUCUGUUGGGCUAGUAUUUGCCUUUCCCAUAUCAUUUUCCGUAUUGCCUUCAAAAAACAAGGUCAUACAUUAGAUGAGCUAGCAUUUGUUUCUCCAAUGGGCGUUUGGGGUUCUUGCAUCGGCUUCGGUUUCAAUAUUUUAUGUCUUAUUGCCCAAUUUUACGUAUCACUAUUCCCCGUGGGUGGAAAACCUAAUGCCAGUGAUUUUUUCCAAGGAUACUUAGCUGCCGUUGUUGCUUUAAUCUUUUUUGUUGGUUAUAAGAUAUAUGAUCGCCGUUGCAUUCCUCCCCUUUCUCAACUGGACCUGAACACUGGUUUUCAUUCUGCAGAAUUCUACAAUAAUUAUGAUGAAGAUCAUCCAAGAAAAGAAAGAAGUAAGCUUGCAAAAGUUUGGUCAUCAUGUUGCUAG